ACUCUCCAUGCAGCCUCAUUAUCCGCGGUCAGGAUGCUCCCGUCGGAUUUCUCAUUUCCCAGUUGACGUGUAUAUCCGAUGACGUAUCGAUGUAUGGAUGAGAUCGCGCCACGCGAUAAGCGAAGGGUCACCUCCAGCUCUCGGAGCUUAUGUUGUCAUUGUCAUCGAUCGCAGUCGUAGCGCGGACACACCGGACGGAAUAUCGAACACAUCAAAACAGUUGCCGCCGGAAGCAUGGCUCAUGAGCAAGUUUCCUAUAAGGUUAGCCAAGGUAGACACCUCUUUCUUCCCAGCGAGAAGUCCAUUCUUCUCCACCCUACCAAUGCCCACCACUCACCGAAAAACAAGACGGCGACACUGAUCCAAGAUCACUAGAGCAUCGCAUCACGGACAGGGCAACUCAUCAUAGAUCAUCCUUCACUCACAGACCUGACCAGACCUGACCACUGUCAACAUUAAGACACAGACAAAACCCUUGACGUCAGUCCGCGCAUACCCCACAGAGC